CCCUCUUCCUCACACAGCAUUAAUUAUCAUGGCUUGUGAAACAGAAAAUGCAGAUUCUGUGACAUUUCCAGUGGUCGACAUUAGCCUUCUCUCCUCAGAAGAUGAACUUCAGAAACUGAAGUCAGUUAUCAGCUCUUGUGGUUGCUUCCAGGCUGUGGGUCACGGAAUAUCGAUUGACUAUCUUGACAAAGUGCGUGAAGUUGCUCAACAGUUCUUUGCAUUGCCAGUUGAAGAGAAACAGAAAUAUUCACGAGCUUCGAAUGAGGCUGAAGGGUAUGGAGAUGACUUGGUUGUAAAUGAGAACCAAGUUAAGGACUGUUGCUAUCGCUUGUUUCUGAAAGUACUCCCAGAAGAUCAAAGGAGGAUGAAUCUUUGGCCCGAAAAUCCUGCUGACCUCAGUGAAACCUUGCACGAGUAUACUCUCAAGAUAAGAUCAGUGAUGAAUGAUCUUUCUAAGGCGAUGGCGAGGUCACUCAAGUUGGAAGAGAACAGCUUCUUGGAUCAGUUUGGAGACCGGCCGGUGUUGGAAGUAAGGUUCAACUUCUAUCCGGCAUGCUCCAGGGCUGGAGUUUUUGGCGCCAAACCUCAUUUAGACAGAUCGGCAAUCACCGUCCUUUUGCAGGACAAAGAAGUGGAAGGCCUUCAAGUCCUCAAGGAUGGCAUGUGGCACACGGUUCCCAUUAUUCCCCACGCUCUCGUCAUCAAUCUGGGUGGUCUGAUGCAGGUAAUGACCAAUGGGAUGUUCAAGAGCCCCUUACACAGAGUAUCGACGAAUGCAAACAAGUUGAGGAUGUCAAUCGCUGUGUUUGAUGAGCCAGAGGCAGAGAAGGAGAUCGGACCGGUCGACCACUUAGUCAGCCACACGAGGCCGAGGUUAUAUAGAAGUGUCAGGAACUUUGCGGCUUUCAACUACGAGUGCUUCCAGAAAGGAAAGGAUUCACUCGAGGAACUUCGAAUUUGACUUAUUCCAAUAUCUGCUGUCUAGGAUGCAUGUUGGUGUACAUGGCAUGAAACUGAGUGCUAGUUUUGUGCCCUAAAUAAGCAUCAGAAGUGGCAAAUGUGGACACAAGAUGCUCAAUAAUGUUGUGGUUUCUCAGUAGAGUGAAAGAAACAUAGCCACAGGACAAUUGUUAUCAAAGCUGUAAUGUCAUCAAUAAUCAUAAUCAAUAUAUGUAAUGAGACAACCUAUGAGACGGUACUCCAGCCUUAA